UGACGCUAAGUUACGUAAAAUCAGCACGUUCGUCUCACCUAGGAAAUCACUAGUAUAGUCUAGUGUCGUGCGCUGCUAGGCAGUAGAAGUAGAAAGUAUUCUCCAUCACCGUUUUAGCGGGGUUGGCAAGACGGGUGUGUGGUUGGAAACGCGGGGUUACGCUGCACAGCAUGGCAUCCCGUAGACCCAGCCUUUGGAUGGGCAAUCUGGAUCCUUAUAUGGAUGAAAAUUUCAUUAAACGAGCCUUUGCUACAAUGGGUGAACGUGUGCAGGAUGUAAGGGUCAUUAGCGGACGAUCACCAGGAUAUUGUUUUGUGGUCUUACCUGAUCGUGCUGCUAUUGAUCGUUGCAUUGCUCGACUGAAUGGAGCAGUAAUUCCUGGCUCUGAUCCGCCUCAAAAAUUUAAACUAGAACGCUCCAUGGCGUAUUGGACGAAGGAUGGUACUUCCUCAGGCACUCUUGAUCUAGGGACUUUUCAUAUUCAGCAUGCCCGUAGACCUCCACUUCUUGGCAGUGGACCACAUGUCCAGAAUGCUCCAGUUGUCCCAGCUGCACCAGUUGUGCCAGAUGCUUCAGAUAUGCAGACAUCUCAGUAUUUACAUUAUUACCAACACUACUUAAACUACUUCUCUCAGUGGAGGUAUAAUCAACCCUAUGGAUAUAAUAACUCUUCCGAAUACUGGACUGCAGGGAGCUCUUCCACAUUGCCUGUUUCUUCAGCAACUUCAGCUGUUCCUUCAAUGACACAUUCUACGUCUGAGAUAAGUACUGCUGAAAUGCGAAAUGCUGCUACAGCACGUUAUGCUGCAACAGUACUAAAUGGUGCUUCUUUAAGAAAAACUGCUGCAGCUGAAAACUGUGCAUCUUUGGAGUGUACUGCAACAGCAACCUCUAGUACAGCGACUUCUACAGCUUUAACUUCUUCAUCUUCUACAUUAGGAGAGGCUUCAUCUGUGGAAGUAACAUUACAGAAUACAACUUCUGAACCGGAAAAGAAGGAAGAAUGUAUCUGUGUAGAGGAACUAUUUGAAGACCCUGAUCCUCCAUUGGACAUAGAUGCACUGAAUGCAGAAUAUAUGGGGAGAAGUGAAGAAAUGUACGAUGUACUUAUGAACUGUCACUGGCAACCACUGGACACAGCCAUAUCAGGGAUUCCAGCUGUGAUUGAACUAAGAUGAAAAAUGUACAGGAAACGAACAUUCCAUUUUCCAGUUGUAAAUAUGUAUUUGUUCUCAGAAUGAUCCUGGAGAUUUUUCUGCCUGAAUGGGACAGCUGCCUGUUUUAAGAACACUGCUGCGCAGAAGAAAAUCUGCUCAGUAGUUCACAUCUUUUCAAGGCCAUUCAUUGCAAACAUUUCAGCUCAAUGCAAGAGUAUUAUGUCGGUUUUCUAAUAAAAUUGUUAAAAAAUA